GCUUCUUGCCUAUUUCAAAAAGAAAAAGAAAUAAAAGAUUUAAAGUCUCAAGAAGAUUAUGCUUGCACUAUCGGGAUGCUGUUCCUGGGCUGCUGCUGCCCUCCUGCUGCUACUCUUUGGAGCCCACGCUUUCCCUAUCGGAGAUUCUUCCGGAGAAGAGGAAUUUGGCGAGGAUCCCUCUUCCAGAACUCCGGCAGCCGGGCGGGUCCAGCUGAACGCUCGGACAGAGUUGGCUCUUUGGUUACAAGGCACUGCGGCGAGGUGGAAUCAAGAGCUGUGCAAGGAGCAAAAUGCCUGUAAAGGUACAUUGGAAAUCAUGGCACAAAAUAAUCUCAACCUUCCAAAGAUAAUUAAAGAAGAUGGAUGCUACCAGCCUGGAUUCCAAAAGGAAAAUUGUCUAAGAAAACUUUCAGGUGGCCUCUAUGUAUUCAGAACAUUCUUGGAAUAUAUAGAAGAAACUACACAAAGAAGUGUAUCUAUAUCAACAGGUGCUCAGCACCUGGCAGAAACUUUGAAGUUGAUGAUGAACAAUCCUGAGUCUGUGAGCAUACCAUCUCCUGACACUCAGAAAACUCUUGCUGCACAGUUAAGAGAACAGAGAGCUUGGAAUAUGAUAGUGAUCAAGCACUUUAUUCUUCAAGAUUUUACUUUAUUUAUGGAGACCACGUCAAGAGUUAUUCGCCUUCUAUAACAAGUUAACUGUAAUGCCUGAAUGCUUUAAAUCAGGCAUAUCAAAUAUUCACAUCUGAAACAGAUGUCAUGGUUGUUCUCCUGCGAGAAUUUAUUUUUUAGAUAUAUACUUAUUUAUGACAUUGAUAUAACUUAUUUAUGGUA